CGAUACCAGAAGUUGUACCACAUCGCAGUCGUUGCGACUCAAGUCCUGGAAGUCCUGUGCUUUGUUUGUAUUUCUAUCCCAGAACCUGCGAGCUCUCGGCGUGUCUACUCUGCCCUCCCCGAUCAUCUUCACCGUUCUUUUAGGAAAUCUUCUUCGUUGGCGUUCGUGUCUUGCACCGCUCUAUAAUUCAUGUGUCCGCCUUGAGCGGAAUCUAUCAAUUGUUCCAGUGCGAUUCCUGCUACCCCUAUCUUCAGCAAUACCCUAUUCGUUGAGUUGAUACAUCGCAUGCGCACGUUCAUCACUGUCCUCAGCGAUCUGAGUGGGUGAACGUCCCCAAGCGCUCUCGAUUUCAGUUCCUGCUGCCGUUUGCAUGUACUGUUGACGUGCAUUGCAAACGCCAGGAAUACACGAUAGCGCCACACCACUUUGCUCCCUGUCUUGCUUUCACUAUGUCCUCUCCUCAUUCGUCAGCUCCACCAUCAGUAGAGGCUGAACGCCAUGGCCAACCACCGCUCAAAGAGCUUGAGCGCGCUCCUCCAGGAUCGAGGUUAACUUUGAUGCGCUAUCUACAGGAUCUAAACGAUGCCGAGACUCCAGCGAGUCCGCUUGAACCGAGAUAUCAUACCGGAAAGCUUCCGAAUAGCAAGACCGGUGAUGGAAAGCCACGGUUAAUGUUGAUGGGGCAAAGAAGGAGUGGAAAGUCAUCCAUAUCCAGCGUGGUGUUUCAUAAGCUCCCUCCGAGUGAGACACUGUACCUUGAGACUACCACAAAGAUCAAGAAGGAAGCUAUGCACUCAUUCAUGGAUUUCCAAGUUUGGGAUUUCCCAGGUCACCUUGAUUAUACUGGACCGGAAUUCGAUCCUGAGAAUCUUUUCGACGAGAUCGGCGCAUUAAUCUGGGUUAUCGAUGCACAAGACGAAUACCUGGAGGCCAUUCACCGCCUGAAUCGAAUGAUCAUCUACCUCCAAAGCAGUUAUCCCGCUAUCAACAUUGAGGUGUUCGUCCACAAAGUAGAUGGAUUAUCGGAUGACUAUCGGGGAGAUACUUUCCGUGACAUCAUUCAGCGAGUUCAGGACGAGCUCAGCGACAACAACUACGAAAAUCCACCGGUCAGCUUCUACCAGACGAGCAUCUACGAUCAUUCCAUUUUCGAGGCCUUCUCCAAGGUCAUUCAAAAACUCAUCCCUCAACUCCCGACACUCGAGGCACUUCUGAACUCUUUGUGUUCGAAUAGCCGCAUCGAGAAAGCGUACUUGUUUGACGUCCUCAGCAAGAUUUACAUCGCUACCGACACUUCUCCCACCGAUAUCGGCAGCUAUGCGAUCUGCUCCGACUACAUCGACGUCGUUAUCGACGUUUCGGAGAUCUACGGUUGGGAUCGAUUCAUGCAGAUAGGGUCUACUACUGCGGGGGAAGUUGGGCUUGAAGAGACGGGAAACCAAGACGCUGAUAGCGUCAUCACCAUGGACAGGAAAGCCCACAACUACCUGUAUUUGAAGGAGAUCAAUAAGUAUGCCAAUCCUUCGACUAUCCUAAAUGUGCUGACAGUCUGCUCGCUUAGGUACCUGGCAUUGAUAUGCCUAAUGGGUGAAGACUCUCCAGCAGGGAGGAAGCCGCUCAUUGACCACAAUGUCAGCGUCUUUCAGGAUGCUUUGAAGCAGGUGUUUCCGAGAUGA